GCCGAAGGCUGCAGCUGCGCAGAUGGUCGCUCAUCUCAUCCACGAUUGAACGUGUCAACAUUUCUACGGAUGCUUCGAGGAUGAAUUAAACCUGCUUAUUUAGCCAUACACGACCAAAUGUGGUGAUUGACAGAUGGGGAAUAUGAUGGCGCGACCAUUGUCUUACCAGCUGCGUUACUGAUUCGAGCUCCACAGGAAGAAGCCGGCAAUCUGUGGAUGAUGGAGGACAAGCGCAAGAAGCGGAGCCCCAAAGUGUCCCUUCCACAGCCGCCUCCUCCCCCCAUCAACCCACGCAAGGUCUCCGUCCUGCCCGCCAGCAAAAGCGCCACCUUCUCUCUCGGCUUGCCGCAGCCCCCUUCCCCCAAAAACCGAGGCAAGUACAAAAGGUCUGUUGGAGCGGCGGGACAGCCUAAAGAGGUCUUUGCUGGCGUGGUGCCUCCACCCAAGGUUACACGGGCCCACAAGGAAAAGCCCAGGGCCCCUCAACCUGCAGGGCCCAGUAAAGUCGUGCAGUCAUCUCCCCUGCAGCACUCCUUUCUUACCGAUGUGUCCGAUGUGAGAGAGAUGGAAGGAGGCCUUCUGAACCUCCUCAAUGAUUUCCACUCGGGCAAACUGCAGGCUUUUGGUAAAGUGUGCUCCUUUGAGCAACUGGAGCAUGUGCGAGAGAUGCAGGAGAAGCUGGCGCGACUUCAUUUCAGCAUGGACAGCCACGUGGAGGAGCUUUCUGAGGACCAGAGGAAGUGCGCCUCCGACCACAACCUGGAGCGCCUGCUCGGCAACCUGGAGGAGCUAAGCACCUCAAUACAAAAGCUCCAUUUGGCUGAGAACCAGGAUGUGCCUAAGACAUCUGCUCCCUGACUAAGUGAGGUGUUGAAGAGGCCGUAACAUCCCAGCAGACCCGGUUACCAUGGACGUACUCCAUGCGGUUGCCAUUGCAACACGAUGAAUGCAUAAAAGAGGGAAGGUACUUUUCUGUUGGGUCACUGAAGGCGCAGCAACAAAUGACUAUACCAAAACUCAUUCACGGCACAAGAAAAGGUCUGACAGACGUAUUCUUAUUAUUGAAUCUAAUGAGUGUACUUUGCAUUUCGAAAGGACAUUUCAUCAGCGUUUUGAAUUUUUGGGAACACAUUACCCUUGGAAUUCACAUUGUGGUUCAGACGCUUUAUAUCUUUGCUAAUGUUUUGAACCGGGUGUAAUAAUUUAGGACAAUCUUCACUGCAUGGAAGAGCAAAUGUAGAACUUGGAUAUUUGAUUAAUUAACCUAUUCAAUAUUGGGAUACACAUUUCUGGUUAUUAUGACUUAAUGGAUAAAUGUCAUUAUAAUUUCUCUGUAUUGUCUUGGGGUUUCAGUAGGAUGUGUGUAUACGGUGUCUUUAAAUAGGGAUUCAAGAUGGCAGCUACUUCCAGUUUCGGAAAUUUAAGGAGCGAAUUUUUGCUUGAUCACAAAUGUGUUCCUUGACGGGCAAUUUCAAGUUAUUGCUUUGCCCAAUCAAUUAUUUUUUCUCUCGAAUGUGACUCUAUUAAUAAACAACACGUGGGAUUACCUCUUGGAAUUGAA